AACUCAUCUAUUUCAUCAUCUCUUUUUUCUGUUUUUCAACCUACAUAAUCAUUUCGCAGAGACAAAUCUGACUUUCUUUCAAACACCUUAUCUUCAUGGAUCUAUCUUAGUACUUACUAAAGUUUCACCUUUCUUGUUACAUUGAAGAAAAAUGGCGCCCCCUGACCACCCCACCUCCAAAGGCCAAGCAUGGUUUUGUACUACGGGAUUACCCAGCGAUAUCAUCAUUGAAGUUGAAGAUAUGACCUUCCAUCUUCACAAGUUUCCUCUGAUGUCAAAAAGUAGAAAGCUUCAUGAGAUGAUAACAGAGCAAGAGACAAAUGCAAGUAACAAUAAAAUCCACAAACCUGCUGAACAAGACAACGAGGAGAUUGAAGAAGAAGAGGAGGAGAAUGACGAGGACCUGCAGCAAUGUUGUAUUUCUCUCCCUGAUUUCCCUGGCGGUUCAGAGACAUUCGAGAUAGCUGCCAAGUUCUGCUACGGUGUGAAAAUCGAGCUAUCUGCAUCAAACGUUGCUCCACUACGCUGUGCGGGUGAGUACUUGGAAAUGACUGAAGAGUACUCCGAAGAUAACCUCAUUUCCAAGACAGAGAGGUUUCUUUCACAGACAGUGCUAAAGAGUAUUAAGGAUUCAAUUAGAACCCUAAACUCUUGCAAGAACAUCUUGUUAUUAGCUGAAACACUCGGCAUUGUUCAAAGAUGUAUUGACGCCGUUGCUGUUAGAGCUUCAUCUGCUGAUCCGUCUCUCUUUGGCUGGCCAGUGAAUGACGGAUCAGUCGAAACAAAUACUCGCCGUAAAGGUGUCAAUAGAGGUGGUAUGGAUUCAUGGUUCGAAGAGCUAGGCCACUUGAGUUUGCCUUUGUUCAAGCGUUUGAUCUCCGCUAUGAAAGCUAGAGAUUUGAGUUCGGAGAUUAUCGAGAGCUGUCUAAUGUAUUACGCGAAGAAGUACAUUCCAGGAAUUUCACGCUCGAGUAGAAAGACAUCAUCGUCGUCUUCGAUACCUUCAGAGAAUGAACAGAGAGAACUUUUGGAGACUAUAAUUACUAACCUUCCUGAAGAAACUAGCUCAAGAACUUCAACAGCAACAAGGAUUCUCUUCGGGUUAUUAAGAACAGCGAAUAUACUGAAUGCUUCAGAAGCUUCUAGAGCUGCAUUGGAGAGGAAAAUCGGAUCUCAAUUGGAACAAGCGACAUUGGACGAUCUUCUCAUUCCAAGCUAUUCGUAUCUGAAUGAAACGUUAUAUGAUGUCGCUUGUGUGGAGAGAAUAUUAGGAUAUUUCUUGAACGGAUUGGAAGAGAGAUCGACGGCUAGAAUUCAAGGUGAAGAAGAGAACAUCAGUGUCAGAUCCGCAGCGUUAAUGUUAGUUGGAAAGUUAAUCGAUGGUUACUUAUCAGAAAUCGCUUCCGAUAAUAACUUAUUGCCGGAGAAAUUCUAUGAAUUGGCUGUUGCAUUGCCGGACCAAGCAAGACUUUUUGAUGAUGGCCUUUACAGAGCUGUCGAUGUGUAUCUCAAGGCGCAUCCAUGGAUAUCGGAAGCGGAGAGGGAGAAUAUUUGUGGAGUAAUGGAUUGCCAGAAGCUAACACUAGAAGCGUGUACACACGCAGCUCAGAACGAACGGCUUCCGCUUAGAGCCGUAGUUCAAGUGUUGUUCUUCGAACAACUCCAGCUCCGGCAAGCAAUUGCCGGAACUCUUAUGGUUGCCGACGUGGCACCAGGAGAAAUCCCGCGGCUUAUGGACGGCCGCGGAGAAGGGGAGGGGGAAGGUGGAGAAGAGGAAGAGGAAACGACAGGAGUAGUUGGGGUGACACGUGGACAGGAAGGGAGUAGCACGUGGAGGAAAACAGUGAGAGAGAAUCAGGUGCUACGAUUGGAUAUGGAUAGCAUGAGGACUCGAGUACAGGAACUGGAACGAGAAUGCUCCACAAUGAAGAAAGCGAUCCAGAAGAUCGAUAAGGUAGGCAAACACGGCGGCGGUGAAGAAGGAGGAGGAGGGUGGAGAAAGAAGUUAGGGUGUAAAUUCAAGACGCAAGUGUGUGAUUCGCAUGAGCCAACCGUUGUGGAGGCCAGGAAAGGACGGGGUCAUCGUCAUCAUCAUCAAUAGAGCCAAAUAAGAAACAAAUCAACUUCUUUCUUCUACCUAAUGGUUUCUACUUUUAGUUUUAAAUUAUAUAUCUGUUGUGCUGUAAUUGAGAAAUUGUUUGUUUUCCAACUUAUUCUUUAGUGGACAGAUUCUUUUUUGUUUGUAAGUUGCUGUUUUCUAUAUUUAGAUGUCAAGGAUAAGUUCGGAGAAACACGGUGGUUAAGAAGUUGCAGUUGAACGGUAAUGUAAGGAAUUUGAAUUUACCACUUAUAAUAUCCAGUUAAACAUUUUUUAA